AUGCUCCCGAGAAGCCUUCUGGCUAUCACAGCUCUUCUGGCUGGCACGCGGGCCAACCCUUGCCCGCCAACGGGACAUACUCUCCCAACGGCAAAGUCCCCUAGCAAUUCCACGCUUGUGAGGGACACCCUCCUCAAGAUCCAGGACAGCCUUGCCAACCUUACUUCCUCCGACGAUCUUAACGGCACCGGAAUUGCCAUAGGCAUCAAGUCGAUUCACGAAGACGCGCCUCUGUUUGAGCUCUACCACACCCCUGCCAUUGCUGAAAUUAGUAGCACGAAAGAGGUGAACAUCGACACCGUUUUCCGUGGCGGCAGCAUUACGAAACUGUUCACAGUGCUCACCGCUCUCCAAAACUCGCAUAUCAAGGGCAGCGACCCCGUCACCAAAUAUCUUCCUCGGCUCAAGGAGGAUGCCCUCAAGGCUCAGGAUGGCUCUGCUUUCAAUGUCGUUCCCUGGGACAAUAUCACUGUGGAGGAUUUGGUAACUCAUUUGUCUGGAAUUGGUGGUGAUACUGCAACGGACCUCGCCAACUUCGAAAGCUACCCCUGGAAGGCUAUGGGCCUGCCCGCCAUCGCAAACGAGACUCGACCCAGAUGCUCUGGUCUCGGAGGCACUAAACCUUGCACAGCUGAUGACCUCUUCUCCGCCCUCAACAAGAAACCACUCGUGUUCAAGCCACAUACAACCCCCAUCUACUCCAACCUCGGCAUUUCUCUUCUUAGUCUUGUCGUUGAAGCCGCCACGAAUAAGACCUACGACUCGGUUUUAACCGAGACUAUCCUGAAGCCUCUCGGCCUUACCAACACAUCCUCCACUGGCCCAGACCAAGACUCUUGGGGUUUCAUCCCAAAGGAUGAGCCAACCUGGCGUGGCGAUGCCGGUAUAUACACGGCUGCCGGCGGCAUCUACACGAACACUCGCGACAUGCUCACCUUCGGCACCGCAAUUCUUUCCAAUAACCUUACCAUCGAUACUAGUUCCUGGCUGAAGCCCCGUGCCUUUACCACCUCGUCAGGAUACUCCGUCGGCGCCCCUUGGGAAAUUCUGACCUCCACGACCCUCCUCCCAUCCGGGGUUCCGAUCAGUAUCUACACUAAAUCCGGCGACCUCGGCUUAUACUCGAAUCUUCUCCUCCUCGUCCCCGACUACGACCUCACAAUCUCCAUUCUGACUGCUGGCCCGGCCUCUACACAGUUCAUGUUCCCAGCAAGAGUCAUCUCUCCCGUCAUUUCCGCCCUGAUCCCAGCACUAGAGCAAGCCAACAAAGACGCCGCCAAGACCGCAUUCGCCGGUACAUAUACUGACCCUGAGACAAACUCGACCGUCACCCUUUCUAUCGAUGACGGGCCUGGUCUGUCGCUCACCGAUCUGAAGAUCCGCGGGGUUCCGGUUCUUCCCAAUAUCCCCAACUACAGCACCUCUAUCACCCCGGGAAAGACCUACAAUGUCAGCGCCAGGCUCUACCCUACCAACAUCAAGGAGGGUGAGAAAUGGUCUUGGCGCGCCGUCUACAAGAACCACAACGAGACGGAUAUUGAUGAUGAUCUUUUCUACCCCCAGGGCGGAUGCCUCACGUGGGGUUUGAUUGAUCGUAACACGUAUAACUACUUGGCUUUUGAUGACUUUGUUGUUACUGUAGGAGAGGAUGAAGUGGCGAAGAGCAUCUCGCCUCGGGCCUUUAGUGUUAUCUUGAAGAAGGUUGUGACGUGA